AUGUCAAGAUAUGAAAUAAUGCAAGAUAAGGAUGGGCAGAAUCAUCACAGUGAGAACCCCGAGGGGCAGCACCAGGCGAGGAGAAGCACCAGGGUUCCCGAUCCUUCUCCUAAAGAACGAGAGAGAGAGGGACAAUCUCGAGGAGGGGCGAGCGACUUCCCGACGUGCCUAGACAUGAUGAACCCUCAUCUGCCCGCGAUGCCCCAUGGGCAGCCACCCAUGCCUACUCCCCGGCGGCAGCAGGACAUUCCUUACUCUACAGGCCCCCCCAAUAUGCGCUCUCCUCCCGCGUACAUGGGAUAUCCUCACAUGAACGGCCAUCUUCCCCCCGCUUAUACACAGCAAUAUCCUCACUGGUUCCCUCCUUACCCUCAAAUGCAGCCGCAUCCACGCCCAUUUCAGCCGCCGUAUGCACCGAUGUAUGUCUCCACCUAUCCUCCUCAACCUGCUAUGGCUCCGGCUCCUAUCCCACCCCCAUCGCUCCCCAUGCACGCCAGGACUUCAACUCCACUCCAGUCCACUAUGUCUCCUGUUGGACCAGCGCCCGCUCCGAUAAAUAUGCCAAUGCAAUCUCCUGCCGUCCUUCCCAUCCACCCCACGACUAGCCCUAUUAUGUCUUCGCCUUCCGCUUCAGCCCCCGAGAAUGCUCCCACGGUUGCUCCCACGGUUUCCACCCCCGUCAAGCCUUUCCGUGCGCCGUCCUCAAUUUCUGACCAACAUUUUCAGCUCCCUUGGCUCUCUGUUCCAGACCGUCCGUUCCCCGCCAGAGUUUCCCGCAGACGCCGAAAAAGCCGCGCCCUUCAGUCUUCUGUUUCGGUUGAACUGCUGGCAAAGGACACCCAGCAGGACGGCCAUGAUGGAAGACAAGGUGCGACGAAGUAUGUAGAGCCGCAUACUCAGACUCCGUCCGAACCUCAAACACCAACACUGUCUGUUGCACCAUCGGUCGCGAAUUCCACACAGCCCACCACCCCGGCUUCGGCUGUUCAAUCUUCUGUCCGUCCUCAGUCGCAAUCCAAAGGAUCAAAGCCAGCAAUUCCUGUAGUUCCUGUUGUCCCCGUUGUCCCGGGUCCUGGCGCUCCGCGACAGGAAACGAAAGAUGAUGCCAGCCGCUCGUCAGAAACACGAAAAUCGCCCGGAGCAGUUGCCAAUAUCGCAAGUAGGACAGCUGAAGAUACUUCUACCGAGCGCCCAAUAGAACAGGGAGAGAGUACUACUUCGGAAGGUUCACCGAAACCACCCUCCCCUGUUCGUACAGCUCCAAAGUCCUGGGCGGACCUAGUUCGAGCCAAGAAUCAAUCGAAAAGUGCAGGCGUCACCGGUGCCUCAUCUGCUGUAUCAAACGGCGUGGUAAAACAUAAGAGUGAAUCUCUUGCAGAUGUAUUGGUGAACAUGGGAGAUGAUGUCUCCCAGUAUAGCGACAAGACUGCGUUUCUUGAGCCCAGGGGACUUGUGAAUACCGGGAAUAUGUGCUAUAUGAACUCUGUUCUCCAAAUUUUGGUUUCUUGUGUACCUUUUUAUCAGUUCUUGGAUCAUAUUGGCCGGCGAGCAUCACAUAGUUUCCAGAGUGACUUCCCAAUGAUUGAUGCUUUGAUUAUGUUUAUGAAAGAGUUUCGUGUUAUUGACGCUGCUCAUUCUGAGGAACAGUUGAGGUUAAGGUUGAAACCCAAUGAACUUGAGCAAUAUGGAGAUGCGUUUAUCCCAGAAUUUGUUUAUCAGGUGAUUCGGCAGUUGCCACGCUUUCGAGACAUGCGCGUACGCUCUUCCUUAUUAAUUCAGCCAAUAUAUGCUCAGUUGACUAAUUAUCCAAACAUACAGCGAGGACAUCAACAAGAUGCUCAAGAGUUCUUGGGCUUCCUUUUGGAGGAAAUGCACGAAGAAUGUGCUCGUGCCGCAAAGGAUGCGCCAUCGACGAAGACUGAUGGUGCAGCAUCUCUGAGCGAAGAGCCAUCUGCAGCUGAUGACGAGUCUGGUGAUGGGUGGUUAGAGGUUGGUCAUAAGCAGAAACCUGCGGUUACAAGAUCUUCUGGUCACAUGUCUUAUGAAUCACCUAUCAUGAGGAUAUUCGGUGGGCAAAUCCGGUCUGAAUUCAAAGUACCUGGGAACAAGACUUCUGUAACCUUGGAGCCUUACCAACCCUUACAGUUGGAUAUUGGUUCACCUGAGAUCAAUAACAUUGUCGAUGCUCUCAAGGGGCUGACAAAACCGGAGAGUAUUCAAGGAGAUUUCAACUCCUCGCGCGGCCCGAAUGUCACAGCAACGAAACAGAUCUUCAUUGAGAAUCUACCACCCGUUCUUAUUCUUCACCUCAAACGCUUCCAGUACGAUAGCGUUACCAGAGGGACCCAAAAAAUCUGGAAGAAAGUUGGAUAUCCUCUUGACUUGGAGAUCCCUCGCGAAGUAUUACCUCCUAACAGGCGCAAUAUCAUGAUGGCCCAGGGUGGACUGCCCAAGUACCGACUCAUUGGCGUCAUCUACCACCACGGCAAGAACGCAAGUGGUGGCCAUUAUACUGUCGAUGUCCGUCGCCAAGAUGGUCGUGAAUGGAUUCGCCUUGAUGACACUGUCAUUCGCCGUGUCAGAAGCGAGGAUGUUGCGGAAGCCGGUGGCGAAGAAGACCCCAAGGUGCUUGCGGCAGCCCUUGAACAGCAUAAGCGCGACACCAACACGAAUAUCUAUGAGCAAAUUGAUGAUUUGGACCAGUCUGAUAAUGAGAGAGGUUGGAGUCAGGUCAAUGGAACAGGCUCCGGUAAUCACACAAGCAAAAAAUCCACUUCAGCAGUUACCAAUGGAGCUCCAGCGACGUCUAAAGCACCUUCCGGGACUAGGACUCCAAUUGGACGAUACGGGUCCAAGGACAAUAAGGUUGCAUACCUGCUGUUCUACGAGCGCAUUGCAUGA